CAUGAAGGCAGCGCGCUGUUGUUUAUACGGUAAAUGUUCCAUUAAUCACUUGAAACUCUUUAAACUUUCGUUAAAAACACUGAUAGUACUUUGCAAGUCUUUGUCUCUGGUGCGAAGUGCACCGUUUCCAGUCGGUUCGAAAGCAAAGCGACCAGAAGAUGGCAGCAGUGAUCACUGAAGAUAACGUGGUCAGCGAGGCUGAAAUUAAUGGCGAGCCUCCUGCUGGCGGAAAAGACGAAGUGCAUUCACCCGAUCUUGAAGGCAACAUACAGGGACAGGUGGAGGAGUUUCUCGGCCCACAUCCUGACUAUGAUGAGGAGGAGGAGGAGCGCAAGUACUACAGACGAAAGCGGCUGGGCGUAGUGAAGAAUGUGGUGGGGGCCAGUUGCGGAGGAAUGAUUAUCUACAGUGUUUACAUGGGUCUGUUGCAGAUGCAGUUAAUUCUGCACUAUGAUGAGACGUACCGUGAGGUAAAAUAUGGCACCUUAGGGCUGGAGGAUAUUGAUAAUAAAAUGCUGAUGGGCAUCAAUGUUACGCCAAUUGUUGGCCUUCUCUACACACCUGUGCUGAUCAGAUUUCUGGGCACCAAAUGGAUGAUGUUCCUGGCUUCUGGAAUCUAUGCGCUCUUUGUUUCAACCAAUUACUGGGAGCGAUACUACACUUUGGUACCAUCAGCUGUCGCCAUAGGAGUCGUCAUAGUUCCACUGUGGGCAUCAUUGGGAAACUACAUCACCAGAAUGGCCCAGCAGUACUAUGAGUAUGUGAACUAUAAGGAGGAACAUGUCCAGGAACAAAAGAAGCCCCCCAAAGGAGCCUUCCAUACUUACAUCAUUGUUUUCCAGUCUGUCUUCUACAUCAUAUUCCAUCUGAGUUUCGUGUUUGCUGAGUUCCCCAUGGUGAUGUUCCUUAACUACUAUCUGAAUGAUUUUCAUCACACUCUCUUCAAAGUCUCACAUUGUGGCGCUGACGGGAAAGGUGUGAUAGAGAAUUUUAAUAAAACUGUUUUGUACAAGUUGCCGCGCUCUCUGCUGCUAAUCGAAGUGGAGAGUGUGCUCAUGGGUGCAGCUUUCCUCGCCAUGAUCGUCUUCCUUCUGCUGUGUGGAGCUGCAUAUCGGCCCACAGAGGAAAUCGACCUCCGUAGCAUCGGCUGGGGCAACAUCUUCCAGCUGCCCUUCAAGCACUUACGAGACUACCGUAUCCGUCUGCUCUGUCCAUUCUUCAUCUACUCAGGAUUUGAGAUGCUCUUUGCUGUCAAGGGAUUCAUGCUGUCAUAUGGAGUGUGUGCUGUAGGGAUGGAGAAGCUCUGGUUAUUGGUUAUGGUGUAUGGUUUGUCAGCCUCCAUCUGUUCGGCUCUGGCCCUGACUCUCCUGCGAUUGCCCAGGCCAGUUAUUCUCCUCGCGGGAGCCUUUGUGCACUUUGUUCUGCUCAUAACCCUCAUGUUCUGGUCGCCCACACCAAGAAAUCCUGAAUAUCUGCCUUAUCUUCUGGUGCUUUCUGCCCUCUGGGGUCUUGGCACUGCGCUCAACAAGACUGGACUGAGCACUCUGCUGGGGAUGCUGUACGAGGAUAAGGAGCGACUAGACUUUGUUUUUACAAUCUACCACUGGUGGCAGGCCGUUGCCAUCUUUAUCGUCUACCUUUGGUCUGGAUUACCUAUGCGGGCCAAACUCGGACUUCUGCUGUUGACUCUCAUAGUGGCAUCUUUCUGCUACGUGCAAAUGGAGCGUCGCUUGAUGAAGAAAAUCCCGUUCAGGUUGCCACGUAUUCCCCGUCCACGACAUAAGGUGAAAGGAUACCGAUACCUCGAAGAAGAAAACUCGGAUGAAUCAGACGCUGAUCUGAGUGAUGCUGAUGAUGAGAAAGAGGAGGAUGAGAGAAUGUUGGUUGAGGAGGACCGGAAUACAGACGCCGACUCCCAGGGAUCACCGGCACCAGAGAGAAACGGGGUUAGAGAUCGCAGGAGGAGACAAGACAACGCUGCCUACGAGCAAGCAGGAGAGGGAGAGGACUAUAUCCAGCACAUGAGAGAGUAAAAAAGGAGAGGUGAAAAGGUAUAAGGAGAGUGGAAAAUGUUGGGGAAGUUGAAAAAUACUGAAUUGCCAGACUGAAGGUGGAAUGAUGGCAUGAAAAAAAUACUCCUACUUUAAAGACAUUAAUAAAAAUACAGAAAGGGAACGUGUGGGCAUUGUAUGUAAACUGAAGGUCAGAAAAUAGUCCACACUGGAAAAAAAAGCAGAAGUGACACAAGCAUUUCAUAGAAAUGGGAAGUGAAAAGAUGAAGUUGCUUAUACCUUGUAAGGUUAGUUGGUUUGUUGCCAUAGAAAUAGAAUACUCUCUGUUUUGAACUUUGUAAAGGUGAUGUGCUCAGAUAUUACACUUAAUUUUUUUCCAACCUAACAGCUUAUUAUUUAACAACUUUAAAAUGGUUUCUUUCUUCACAAGAAGUUACAUUUGUUUUAUUAAUUUUUUUUGUAUUUGAUGGCCUACAAACCAAUAUUACUUUGUGUAAUAAAAAUGACAAGAUGUGAUUUCAAAAGUUUUCUUUUCUAAUGUUUAGAAUACUUUUUUGAAAUAUAGUAAUAUACAGUAGUUUGUGAUCCGUUUUCCCGAAUUUUCCCUACAUUUUGAAUGAUGUUGAUGAUUUAUUUCCCCCUUCUAAUGAAAGUGAAUGGACCGUAUAUUCUGCCCAACAUCUCCUUUUGUGUUUCACGGAAUAAAAAUAGUGUGUAACAACAUGAGAGUGAGUAAUAAUAACCGAAAUUUAUUUUUGGGUGAAUUAUCCGUUUAAAAGUAGUUAUUCUGGCACAAAUUUACUAUCAAACAAGGUUCAUACCACUAGUAAAGAAGGUAAAACAGCAAUAUUUGAAUGUUUUGGCAUGUAGGCCUUCAGGGUUAUGACAGAAAAAUAAAUAAAUAAACAAACGCAAAGUUAAAAAUUAAAAUAAACCAAUUAGGUAAUUGGGCUAUGGGAAUUCCAUUUUUUUAAACUUUAAAUUCCUUUUUUCUUUAAACCGCCAUGUUAGAAUUACAUGGACUAACUGAAUAUUACCAAACAUUGAUAUCUACAUAUACAGCCGUGGCCAAAAGUAUUGGCGGUUAUUUUAUGUUUUGCAAAUUUGCUGCUUCAGUAUUUGUAGAUAAUUUUUUCACAUGUUUCUAUGGUAUAUUGGAAAACAAUGAUAAGCGUUUCAUACGUUUUAAAGGCUUUUAUUGGCAAAAACAUUCAAUAUAUGCAAAGAGUCAAAUAUUUACAGUGUUGACCCUUGUUCUUCAUAACCUCUGCAAUUCGCUCUGACAUGGCUGGAUAUCAUACUGGAACUACACCCUCAUUGUUUCGCAUAUUUGCCCAUUGACGGCCAGUCAGAAAUAACCAUGUAUUCUGACGAAAUAAACAUUUUGAUCACGAACAUUUCAUUACAUCAUAUAUCUUUUUCCAAUUACUUUUUUUCAGUGGGCUGCUAUGAAAUGUACUUAUUUUUCCCGGUCUCAUACGGUUGACAUCACAGCUCAUGCACGAACACUUUCUGGCCCAGAGCGGCCCACCAAAUCCAGCCCGCAACACACCACACCAGCUCAUUUAUUACAUUUUUCGAAACAAUUUCACAUUUUUGUGUUGAAGAAAAAAAAUAAAUUCUAUUGACUGCUAGACAUGACAAUGGGUCGGGCCUUAAGGCCGAUUUAUACUUCUGCGUCAAACCAAUGCCAUAGGCUGCACAUAGCUAUGGCGGUUACAGUGUAGCAUACGACAUAGGCUGAAUUUCAUCUCUUCAAAAAGUUUGCUGUGUUUGGUGCACUUUGUAACCAGAGACCACCCCAGGAUGAUAACAAUGAUAUCUGAGGUAGUGUCACAUUUUACCUAGAUUAUUUUAAUAUCUAUGCUUUAUCACAUUUUAUUUGGACCAUUAAAGCAAUUAUCUCAAUCGGGAGCGUCUGCUGUUUUUAUGUUCUGUUUGUGUUUCAUGAAGUUAGAUAUCUGUUUACAGCUUAUAAACUCUAAAAGCUUUUUUUUUCCCCUCAGGGCUUUUACUUGAAAUUAAAUUGAUAUGCGAAUUAAAUAAUGUGUUGUAUCCUAAUCGCAAACUUUCUGAUCUGCACGAUUAUUUGACUGUCCAUUUGACAGGAUUGUGCUCGGUAAAUAAUUAUCUUUCAUAAGUUAUGGAAUUGGAACACUUCUAAUUUGUCAGCAAAUUAAAAAGCACCUGAUAAGUGUUGGUUAUAUUGCCUAUAUGCAUUGUAAAGUCUUUAAAAUGACCCAUUUAGAUUUCUCCAAGCGAGAUAGUUAUGAAUUAAUUUUAUGAUUUCUUUUUCAGCACGGAACGCCAAAAGUAUGCUAAAAUAUUUAUUAUUAUUUAAGCGACUCAUGAGCAAGCAUACAGUAUUGUUCUCAUUUAAUGCUCCCUGCAAUACAGGCAACAUGUAUAAUAAAUAAUUUGUAGCCAACCUAAAUUUCAACACGCUCACAUACUUUGAACUCGUUUUUAAUGCUACAAUAAUUUAAUAAAUACUUUUGAAUCCAUGAAAUUACAUUGCAUUUGUUUAUUUAUGAAUGUAAAAUUAGCAUUUUUACUGUGUAACGCAGAAGGAUACAGACUCCAACGCACAACUAAAAUACAAACCAACGUGUUUGCCAAUACGUGGAGCCUACGCCAGUUCAAUGCAGAAGAAUAAAUCAGCCUAUGUGAAUAUGCGCUCUGAUGUGUAAAAAAAUUCAAAAUAAAAGACAUAACAAUAUUUCAAAUUAAAGUCAAUGUAUUGGCUUUACCUUAAAAAAUUUAUUGAAUAUUCGCUCUGUAAUGGGGUCCGCACAGGCAUGUAAAAGCCCAGGACAACCACCAAUAUCGCCUGUAGGACGGGUCGGUACUUGCAGUAGCGGGCCGGCCCAAAUUAACCAACGGCCCACCGGGAAAACGCCCGGUUCUCCUGAUGGCAUUCCGCCCCAGACUAUAAGACACUUGUUUACAACACUUCUUGUGCAUAUCUUGUGCAUUUGACAUCCUGAGUGAUCAAAUAAACAAAUGGUAA